CCCGUCCCAUCCCUACACCCACACAAGCGCUCUCUCUCCCUCUUUUGUGUUCAAAGCCGAGAGCCGAAACCCUCAGCCUCUCUCUCUCUCUCUCUCUCUCUCUCUCUCUCUCUCUCUCUCUCUGCGUUUGAGAUCUAAAACCCUAGCCUCUCUCUUCCUGUUUAGAAGAUGUCAGAAGAGCUGGAGUAUCGAUGCUUCAUCGGUGGCCUUGCAUGGUCAACAUCUGAUAGAAGUCUAAGAGAAGCAUUUGAAAAGUUUGGAAAGCUCGUUGAAGCUAAGGUGGUUGUUGAUAAAUUUUCUGGACGCUCUCGUGGAUUUGGGUUUGUGACUUUUGAUGAUAAAAAAGCAAUGGAAGAGGCCAUUGAGGAAAUGAAUGGAUUGGAUUUAGAUGGACGAACUAUCACUGUUGAUAAAGCUCAGCCUCACCAAGGUGGUGGAGGUAGAGAUUUUGAUGGUGACCGUGGUGGUGACCGCGGUCGUGAUCGUGACCGUGGUCGCGACUUUGGAGGUGGACGUGGACGUGGAGGUGGAGGUGGAGGAGACUGCUUCAAGUGUGGCAAGCCAGGGCAUUUUGCCAGGGAGUGUCCAAGUGAAGGUUCAAGAGGAGGGGGUGGCAGGUAUGGUGAUAGGGAUGAUAAGUAUGGUGGCGGUGGUGGUGGUAGCGGUCGUUAUGGACCUGAUCGAAAUGGAGACCGUUCAUCUAGUGGGCGCAGCAGGGAUUCAGGUAGUCGUGGAGGUUCUGGAAGUGAUCGGUACAGUCGUGACCGCUCUGGCCCAUAUGAACGUCGGAGUACAGGUGGCUUCCGUUCUGGAUAGAACAAUUGCUUCCUAUAGUGCUUGGGAACCUGAGGAGCUGCUCAGGUGACUGUCUCUCUCUGCACUGCUUUGAAGUUUCCCCUCGCUGGAUGUGUCCUCUGAUGAUUUCUGGGUGGAUUAAUUUAGUUGGACCAGUAUUUUGAAGUGCGAAUCUUGCAUAGAUAUUCACCUGUUUUUUGUUGCUAAAUGCUCGACCGAAUGUUUGAUCCGAUGGAAUUUUAUGCUUGCUUGCAAAUGAUAUUUCAAUUUGGCCUUAUACUCUAUGAAUCCAUUGGGACUGGUGGUAGUCUGUGACUUUGAUUCAUCGGUGACUGCAAAUGCUAUGAUUGCUGUCUGUCCCUGUUGACUGUUUUGCUUGGGCACUUGAAAUAUUGGAAGGCCAUUUGGUUCCUCUUGACUGUUUUGCAUUGGCAAUUGCGAUCUGGGAAGGUCAUUCGAUGUUGGGUAUGUCGGAGGAUAGAUUGUGAGGGGUCCGCUAUUGGGAGUUUGCCUCUUGUUACUUGGAAGUAGAAGUGGUCCUAUAAGUAGAACGUCCUUUUGGCUGCCCUGUUUUCGGUAUCUUUGCUAGUAAAAUGGGAGUGAACCGGGUAAUAUUUUCUCUUGUAAGUUACUUUGACGCAUGAUAUAUUCUCGUUUGCCAUUCCUGCUAUAAUAAUGUUUUUAACCUUUUGGCAGGAUCUGGUCUUUUUUGAACCAUGAUAUGGGUUUCUGUGUUACUAUUUGGACGAGAUAGUUUUAAACCUAACUUUUUUGAAAGUCUUUUCGGCCUGAGCAAAGCCAUCUGCAAUUUAACUCAACAUAAAGUCCCUCACGUUAUACAGAGCACACCGGUGGGAGAGUUCCCUUUGGCAGGAUCUGCUCUUUUUCGUUACAUGAUUGGGAAGUUCCAUUCUUGCUGAGUUGAAUAACUGCUCGAUUGUUUUGUUCCCCGGGUCCCUGUUUUUCUGUUCCUGCCCGUGUUUUGUUUGCCGAGGCGAGGUUGCUCUGCUUCUGUCUUUGGUUCAGUUGUGAUGAAGUAGGUAUUAUUUUUGUAGAAUCAAGUUUUUGGGUUAUAUGAUUUCCUGUUCAAAGCUGCUAUGUUUCUUUUCUGGUUAAUUUUGAACCCGUUAUUGUUCCAUUUCUGCUAUGGAAUGCUGCUGCAUAGUUACGAUUACUACUUUUAAUGAAGAUAUCAUGUGGUUUAUGGCU